AUGGCUUCAGAUGAAGCUGUGAUGACAACUCAAUCUUCGUUACAAGAUGAAGACUAUGAAGAAGAUGAUAUGAAUGAUGUUUUUCAUCAUCAAAAUCAAAAUCAAAAUCAUAAUCAAAAUCAGCAUAAUUUAUCAAGGCUUUCAGUUUGUACAAGCAGUUUCGAAGCUGAUGUUGAAAAUCUAGCUUCCGUUUGUAUGUCACACUUGUCCAUUGAAAGCUUCGAAGCUGAUGGAGACGAUGAAGCAGAAGGAAAAGAUGAAGGGUUGUCUUCUGGUUCUGAGAAUGAGUCAGGUAGUUGUUAUUCGUUACCGGCCACACCGCCGCGGAGGAGGAGUUUGAUUCCGGGGACUCCUGUGAUUGGAAUGAAAGACUAUGGGAGUGAGAAUGAAGCGACGAAAACGAAGAGCGGUGAUGAUUCUGGGAAGAGGAGGAGGAGGAGGAGGAAGAGUGUGUUUGAGAGGGGAAGUAGUUGGGAGAAUUUAUGGGAGGAGAAGAAGAAAAUGAAGGAGAAUGGAGGGAAUAGUGGUGAGAGUGAUCAGAGUAAUGGAAAUGGUGUGAUGCUGAUUGCAAGACCUAAAGGUGGGAGUAGGAGUUUGUGUAUGGAUUUGGAUGAAGUUAAAGCUUGUAGAGAUCUUGGAUUUGAGUUGGAACAUGAGAGAAUCUCUGCUGUUUCUUUCUCUAAUUCAACACUUGAUAAUACUAGUAGCGGUGGUAAUUCUCCUAUUGCUAAUUGGCGCAUCUCCGGUCCCGGUGAUGAUCCGAGAGAUGUGAAGGCAAGGCUGAAAGUGUGGGCGCAGGCUGUAGCUAUAGCGUCUGCCAGCAAAUACGGCUCAUGA